AUGUUUGUUGAUUACUAUAUGGUGGAUAUGGUGUUUAUUACUGUUAUGAACGUUCUCAUAUUGAUGAGAAGCAUCGUUUAUAGUUUCGAUCCUGUCGUUGCUGUUCGUCGCGGAUUUGAUGCUAAUGAUUGUGAUAACGUCGGUGAUGCUUUAGGCUUACCAGAAUUCUUGGUAAAAUAG